AUGGGCUUAUUGACCAUUCUGAAAAAGAUAAGGACCAAAGAGAAGGAAAUUCGUAUCCUGAUGCUUGGACUUGACAAUGCCGGCAAAACGACCAUCUUGAAGCGAUUCAACGGAGAGCCGAUCGAUACCAUCUCGCCCACAUUGGGUUUUAAUAUCAAGACGUUGGAGCAUAACGGAUACAAGUUGAACAUUUGGGAUGUGGGAGGCCAAAAAUCGAUUCGAUCCUAUUGGCGAAACUAUUUCGAGCAAACGGAUGCACUUGUGUGGGUGGUGGAUUCAGCAGAUCAUUUGCGAUUGGAUGAUUGUCGACGAGAAUUAGCAAGUUUAUUACAAGAAGAGCGUUUGGCGGGUGCUACGUUGCUGGUAUUUGCCAACAAGCAAGAUUUGCCAGGGGCAUACUCGGAUCAAGAAUUACGUCAGGCAUUGGGAUUGGAUAAUAUCAAGAGUCACCAUUGGGCAAUUCAAGGAUGCAGUGCAGUAACAGGAGAAAAUUUACUUGAAGGCAUGAAUUGGGUAGUAGAUGAUGUUGCAUCACGAAUAUACAUGCUAGAAUAG